UUAUGUGUGGGGGCGGUCCACUACAGGCGCGCACAGCACGGCGCGCGUAUCAGUGCCGGCGCGUCUGCAAAUAACCUCAUUCUGCAUACUGGCUGUUAUUUAGAAGGUCUUCUAUUCCACCGUGGGUUUGAGGUGAUACCAGAAAUAGUGAGAUCUAAAGCUGAAGUACCGCCAUGGCUGCACUGUCGGGAGGAGAGAUGUGCAUCAAAUACCUGAUGUUUGCCUUCAACCUGGUAUUCUGGCUUGCAGGCACUUCUGUCUUUGCCAUAGGCCUGUGGCUGAGAUUAGACCCAAAGACCAAAGGUCUGUUUGAAGGACCAGACUCUCCAUAUGUGUUUUACACAGGUGUGUAUAUCCUGAUUGGAGCUGGUGCUCUGAUGAUGGUGUUGGGUUUCCUGGGAUGUUGUGGGGCCAUCCAGGAGUCACCCUGUAUGCUGGGACUGUUCUUCUUUUUCCUGCUUAUCAUAUUUGCCAUUGAGGUUGUGGCUGGAAUCUGGGUAUUUUCCAACCAAAGCAAGGUGGUGAAUGACAUCACAACGUUCUACAUGCAGACCUACAAUAACUUUAAGACGACAGGAGAUGAGCGCCUCAAAGAGACUCUGCGAGUGAUUCAAACCGGGCUGAAGUGUUGCGGGCCGACAGGUACUGUAGUAGAUACUGCCAAAGACACGUGUCCCCGGGGAGAGCUACUUGAGCAACUCAUUACUAAGAGCUGCCCUGAUGCCAUUGAUGAGGUUUUUGACUCCAAGCUACACAUCAUAGGAGGAGUGGGCAUCACCGUCGGUGUUGUUAUGGCGUUCGGGAUGAUCUUUAGCAUGCUCCUGUGCUGCGCCAUCAGGAAGUCUCGAGAGGUGGUGUGACACCAACCACCACAUCCUCAAAUUCUUGUUAAUGUUGCAUGAUGUCAUUCCUAGACUCAGUUGACUCUCCACUGCCAAUAGAAACACUGCUUGUUCAAGAAGGGUAAUCUAAGCUAGCCUGGGUGCAGAUAUUUCUGAUUAUUGCAUAAUACAUUGGUUACAACUGUACAUCUUACUAGGCUCACCUUCCCGGACUAGAUAGGCGCGAUGUGGUUAUUAGGCCCAACUAUAGAAUAUGUGUCAUCUUUGCUUUAGUGGCAAUGUAGUACAGAAAUGUGUAAUUUUGUGGUCAUUUGAUUGAUAUUAGUGUUUGUGAACUGCUAAUUAUCUAAACAAAAGAUCAUAUUAUUAUUAUAUAUUAUAGUAUACUGAUCACAUUUCUACGGCUAUUACUUGGGGUCAACUACUGACGAGAAGAGUCAUAAAAUCAGGGCCAUAAAAAUGGCGACCACCACCACUUUAGCACAAUACAGCAGUAGCCAAUGAAUUUCUACAGUCCUCUUUCUUACACCGAAGUCCAACCAUGGCGACUAGUAGCCAAUUCUGGUAUUAGAGUAGCAUCUCGGUUCCUUCGUUGUUACAAUUCCUUUGUUCCUUCCUUUCUCCAUCUCCUAACUUGCCCUUUCUAAAAUCGCCUUUAAUUUUUGGCACGUUUUGUAAAUGUCUUCUAUUUUUAUUUGUAACGGAUUUGUACAUUUAGGUGGUUGUAUGGUACAUGUGGUUUGAUGAUGUAUUUUAUAAAGUUUUCAUUUUACAGACUGGGUUGAUUUACACCAUAUGCACUAUUUGUUUCACUGAGACAAAAAAUAAUGACAGCCAAUUAAACCAAAAUGUACUGAC